AUUUUCGAUGGAAAGGGACGCGGACGUGUUUUAGCUAUUUCCCAUUGGGUGCUGAAGUAGCCCCGCCCACACCGUAAGACCAAUUACAUCGCGUCUUUUGUUAUUUGAAUUCACGCUGUUGUAGCGGACACAAGCCGCGGAAGUAACGACUGCAGCCGUUGCAUCGCUUUGGUAUAUAUACACAGUUUUCCGAUUUAGAGGGAUAAAACGGACAACAUGGACGAGGACCUGGAUUCAAUGAAAUAUGCGGAUUUACAGAAGCUCGCAAAAAAACUGGGAAUUAAGGCGAGAAUGAAGGCGGACAAACUGCUGAAAGCGGUCAAACAGCGUUACGAGCAAGAAAAGGAAGCAGAAGAACGGGAUGAAAGCACAGUUGACACAGUUGAAACUCCUGCACAAGAAGAUGACCAGGUCCAACCUGAGUCGAGUCACCCCACUGUGUUUGUAAACACACGUAGGGGGCGUGGAAAAGCAAUGAAAAGGAAAAGCUCGCUUGAGACUGAGAGUAAAGACUUGUUAUCUUCGGAUGGAGAUGAUACAUUGCCGCUUGAAGAUCUUCAGCCUUCUGCUGUCUCAUCACCCAAAAGUGGUGAUAAAGAGGUGUCAACACCUGGCAUCAGCAAGGCCAAAAAGAGGCGUGUGUCUACAGAAAACAGCAGCAAGCUGCAGCCGGAGAUCCAUCAUGAAGCACCUGGCAAGUGUGAUACAGGUCGACCACAAGAAAAAGCAUUGCAUGCGGCAAAAUCUGGCGGAAUCCCUCGCCUCAAAAAAGCAAAAACCAAGACGUUUACGCCAAACUUCAAAAAAAUGCAUGAAGCACAAUUCAACAAAAUGGAAUCCAUUGACUCAUACGUCCAGAGGAAGAAUAAGCAGAUGGAGAUGCUCAAAAGUUCAGCUAAAGAGACACAGGCAAUUCCAGGGCGCACUUCCAUGUUCAGUCCCGCACUAAGUAACAAGAGGCCUGUGGAGGACAAACGUAGACUCACCUACUCGGCUGCCAAAAAGGAGGACGUUCCAUUCAGACCGUCCGUCCUGUCCACUCGAAGGAUCAAUGUCCGGUUCUCUGAGGCCACUCGCGACAAUGAGUACAAGGGGUCUUUAAUUAAAACACCAGCGCGCAUGUCGCCCUGUGUCACCUCUAUUACUCCAAAGACCAAUGAUGUCGGGAAGCUUAACAACAGCAGGACAUCAAUGCUCUCCACCUCGAAGACCAACGGGACGUUUGUCUUCUCUGCCAAUACAACGGCAACUCCUGGGACCCAAAAGAAGCCAACCUUUGACCUGAAAGCCAGCCUGUCUCGUCCACUUGGCUACAAACCUCACACAGGUGCGAAGCUGUUCAUAAAUCUCCUUUUCAAAAGUAAACCUCAUGUUGUUUACAAAAUGCAUCUCUCAUCAUCAGGAAAGCUGAAGCCAUUUGGAGAAACAAAGGAGAACGCAAAAGGAAACAAGUCAUUGAUCAUGAACACCCAUGAGAAGAACUACAAGCAGCACCGAGUGCAGACCAGGGAGGUGCGGAGAGAAAAACAAACAGAAGAACGGAAGCAGAAGAAGGACAACAUGCUUGGUGCGAGAAGGGGGCUUGUUAUGAUGUGACUUCUGUAGAGGAGUUGCUAGUAUAGUUUUUGUUUCAGUGUUACUUGCAACCGAUUUUAAACAUUUACUACCCGCCGCCCUGCCAUUUAGUGUUCUUUCUAGAAUUCACUUCUUAUUUCGGUAAUCUGUUUUUGUUUUGUUUUUUCUUCGUGUACAUACUGCUCAAACUGUUUACUGACAUCGGUGUAAAAAAAUUCUGCGCUUACAUUAAAUUGUUUUUAUGGAUUUUGCAGUUACUUUGAAGUCAUUCAUUUCAUCAUUAAACAUCUUGCACAAUCGUUUCUCCAGAA